UUGAUGGAUCUUCUUGAGUAUGGGAGAGCGAGAUCUGUGACACAUGGUGGUCUUGCCAAUCCGGGAAGCUAUGUGCUCUCUGGACAAACCGUGAAACUUAUUAACGUGGGGCGAGAAGUUGAUUCCCACGAUGCCACGAGAGAUCAGAUGGAGCUCAGACAAUUCAUAAACACGAACCCCUAUUUAAAUGGUAAUGCCAGUGCAGAGUGGGGCACUCUUGACAUGCUUCUGGAAUCUCGACUUGUGACCAACUUUAGUCGUGGCUGGAAGAACGUUGUCGUGGGACACCCAAUGUUAUCGGGAUCGGCUGAGGAUAUAAUCGCAGCUUUUGAUGGGGUGAACACAUCUGUGGAACAACUGACUUUGGUAAAAGCAACUAAGUUGGCCAACCUGUUGUACACAGAGUUUCCUCAUUUCCACGACAGACCAUUGAUACCGAAUCCUCAAGGACCUAAUGACUAUCACGAGAAUCUCAGGUUCUAUUUCCGACGAACCAGAGUCUUCAAUCGUCUCUUCAACAAUUACUAUGAUGGCGUUAAACAAUUGUAUCAAGGUGAUAAAAUUUAUCUAGAAAUCAUUAGACUGGUGAGGAACUGCAUACACCAUGCAGCCAAAUAUGAUGAGAGGCUGGCAGACUCUGAACGAUUGCUUACAAUGAUGAGAGAGAAUUUUACACAUUACAUCAGUUUGACAUACUCUUUCCUACACAUGCUGAAUGAUAAGGAUGCUGAUUAUCCAUACAAAAGCAAUGACAAACCAAGUACACCCAGCAUUGGGGAUUAUUUGGACCUGGCCAUGAAGAGAACACGCAGAGGAAGAGGUUGAACAUUCCGACUGGUUACUUUGCGACGAUGGCAUCAUCACGAUCCAGCUGCCGAGGGAACUGAAUGGUUGAUGUGUCGAGGGAACUGCAUGUUUACUUUUCUUCAAAGUUGGUGACUCGUGCCUGGGUCCUAGACCAACCGAACAUCUGAAUGUUUUUUUACUUUUCUUCAAAGUUGGUGACCCGUGCCUGGGUCCUAGACCAACAGAACAUCUGCAUGUUUUUUUUUACUUUUCUUCAAAGUUGGUGACUCGUGCCUGGGUCCUAGACCAACAGAACAGCUUGUUUCUUAAUUCGCAUCCCACUGUAACCGCAACCAGUAACACCGAUGACUCCAUGGACCAGCUUCAUUAUCUUUUGCCAUUGC